CUUGGCUGGCAGCAGCAGUAGCGGCAACAGCAGCCUGAGGUAUCUGCAUGUUUAUGGCAGCAGGUAUUUCUUUGAUUCUGCGAGCUUGAUGCUGGAUCCUAGCAGGACGCUCGCCUCCAUCAGCCGGCUAACUUCGCUGCAGGAGCUGCGGUUGACGGGAUUCAUCAUUGCAGACGAGUCAGAUGAGGCAGAUGAGUUAGAGGAGCAUGGCUUCGGUGGUCCAGCACUUGCGCCCGCUGGCCGCUCCUCGCUGCAGCUCUUGCUGCGCGGCCUGCCACCCUCACUGCGGCUCCUGCAGCUCCAUCACUGCAGCUGCUUGGCCGCCAGAAGAGUCUCCCUGGACCUUGGCCUGGACGCGGGCGUUGUCCGCGAAGUAGUCGUACUGGGGUGUAGAGACCUCGAUUACCUAGCAGCCGUACUUGGGCGCGGGGGGCUGAUGUCACUCCUGCUGGAAGGGGACACACAGCAGCAAGAGCCGUCUCAGCAGCAGGAGCAGCAAAGGCGGUUGGGGCGGUUCCGUAUCAACAGCUUGGAAGAGGUGCACGAUAAGCACCCACUGUCUGAUGAUGCGAUGAGGCCCCUGCAGGCGCUGCGACGCAGUGUUGUAGAACUGGAGGUCGGAUUUCUCAGCACAGACGUCUAUGUGUCAGCCGAACGUGUCCUGCAGGUUUUGGAGCUACAAGCCGCGCCGCAGUGGUUGGACAUCAACAUCCCCUUAUACGCCGAAAAAGAGGACCUGGAUGACAGCCCGGAUGUCUUUGCGCUGUCCGUUCGGAAUGUACGGCGGGCGAAGGACAACAGCGCACAGCAGCCGCCGCCACAAGUGCCUUUGGGGGAGAGGGGCGAGGAGCCGCUGCAUAGGCCGGCGGCAAGUGGGGCAGAGGUUAGCAAGGCUGCUCCUGCCCCCUCCACACUUGCGCCAUCACAACCAGCAUCAUCGCCGCCGCCACUGCCUUCCAUGCGCGAGCUGCUUCAGCGCAUGCUCGUACGAAUGAUAGCAGCGGGGGGCACGCAGCUCUCGAGCCCUGCUGUAGCCAUUGGAGGAGGGGCAGCAGCGGCUACCGGUUGUGCCCUCCCUGCCGUAACGAGCGCUAUUUCGCCAGUGCUGCUGAUGAAGGGCCCGUUAAUGGCGGUUCUGGCCCAAGACAAUGACCUGCUGCAGCAGUGGUUGAAGACGGUGCAAAAGCGGGCAUCGGCCCUUAUUAACGGUGGUCGUGGCGGCAGCGGAGGAGAAGGACGACGCUGCUUUGUACGGUAUCUGGUCAUGCCGUUCACCGAUGCCGUACUUUUGGAGUGUGUCGAGGGUACGGCGGCAGCGGUGCUACAGGCGGCGACCGCAAUCGUGCAAAGUGCAGAAGGACCGGCAGCCUCCAUUGCUGCUGCAGCCGCUUCGCUGCAGGUGCUGCCCGUGGUCGUGUGGGACGCUGCACCGGUCGAUUGGGAGUGGGACGCAUGCCUCAAGUACUUCUUCAUGACUACCAUGGAACAGGUGGUGCAGGAGGCGUGGGACGCCGCAGCGGAGGCUGGUGGCCCCGAUGUGUUUCGGCGGCAGCUGGAGUGGCUGCUGGAGCUGCGGGAUGAGGUGGUGCAGGUUAUACCAGCGUCCAGUCCGCUAGCCUAGCUGCUUGGGGGCGGGUGCCUGCCUGGCGGCUUGUAGCGUACAUGGUUGCUCGGGAUAGCCCAAUAAGCGGCUUUGUCAAUGCCUUGCUGCAUGGCUGCAUUAGUUCAUUGCUUGGCGAUGUAUUGGCUGGGCCAGCCUGCUUCAUGCAUGAUUGGCUGCGGAGGGAACGGCCAUGUAGGGGGAUCUGGGCCCAAGGGGGUAUCGCUCGCAGAGAUCAAAUGACCAGAUCGUGUGGGAGUCGUGCUAAGGAGCUCUUGUUGCAGUGACUGGGGAUUGGGGUAGCAGGUUGAAGGUAAUUAACGGAGUUUGGCGAGGCGCAGGGCUUUGGUAGAUGUUAAUGUCUGUUCAAUAUGUGGUUGGGGUCGGUACUAGAUGCAUGCCCUGGCCUCCAGUGCAGAGAUGUGGAGGCGUUGCAGCUAGGACUGUGCUGGCAUGCUUGGCCCUCACACGGAUGAAGAGGAGGCAGGCCAACACGAGGAGAGCGGCAUAUGCUUGGUGAUCGGAAGCAAAGCAAGUAGGGGAGUGCGUUGCGGCGGAUGCGUUCUCAACUUCUCAUGGAUGUGAUCGAUGCAGCUCUGCAUCUAGGACAGAAUGAGUCAGGCAGUUCGAGUCGGCCUCAGCAGACAGGCGAUCCAGCAGUCAAGAGGCCACAGACGGGAGGAAGGGCGCCUGCGUAGCUCCUACCUCACUGCCCUUGGACGAGGCCACCCAGCGCCACCGCCGGGUUGGAGAAGGCGAACGGGGCAGGCGGUGGGGCAUUCAGAUGUUUAGAUUAGGUGUUUAAGAAGAGAGAGGAGUGGCAGGGCGAUUAAUAAAGAGCCUGAAAGAUGUUGGUUGGAUUACAGCAGCUAGCUGACAGUUGGUAUGCGAGUGGUAUACGGUUCGUACUUCACAUCCUGGAGUUGCUUCGGACUUCCUUUCGUGUGUACAACCCGCAGUUGCACGCCGACACUGCUGUUAAGACAUGUCCGCACGGACCUCCUGCUGGAUCCGUACGGGAGCGAGUGCCCUCCACUCCUCAACCCGCUCAAUCCGACCGCCUUGGGAUAAGCCCCCAUAUCGAGUAACCAGUAACAAUGCAUUCCGCCGUAAUCCUUCCCUGCAGAUUGCACUGGGAAAAUCCCUACCAAGCACAAGCAUAAUUUCAUACGGC